AGUACAAGCUACUUCAAUCCUUUUUGGCUCUAUCUUGUUCUCCUUGUACUAGUUCCCAACACGGUUGGCGGAUCAGAAGUCAGAUUGAGAGAAACCACAACAAUCAUAAUAAUGGCGGAAACCAAUUUCAUCCAAUUUUUCGUCAAACUUUUCGACAACAAAACCCUAACUCUUCAAUUCCCAAUUCAUCAAACCCUAACACCUCAAUCAAUCAAGCACCAGAUCGAAUCCCUUACUAAAAUCCCCACCGAUUCCCAAAACCUAACCCUAAAUGGAAGAUUCCUCUCAAAUUCAACUCCAAUUUCCCCCAAAUCCCUUUCUCUCUCUACAAUCUACCUCAAUUUCUCUCUCCUCGGUGGGAAAGGGGGUUUCGGGUCCCUUCUUCGAGGGGCGGCGACGAAGGCGGGGCAGAAGAAGACGAACAAUUUCGACGCGUGUCGGGAUAUGAGUGGGCGGAGGUUGAGGCAUGUGAAUGCGGAGAAGAGGUUGGAGGAGUGGAAAGCAGAGGAAGAGGAGAGGAAGUUGGAGAAAAUGGCGGAUGAUUAUUUGAAGAAGAUGGUGAAGAAAGGGAAAGGAGGGAAGAAAGAACAAGGAGCUGAGAAGUAUGUCGAGAAGUAUCGGGAAGAUUCUAAAAGAUGUGUUGAAGAGGUUGCGAGGUCUGUCAAAGAAUCUAUGGGAGAAUUGAUGAGUGCUGGGAAUAAGAAAAGGAAAUUGCUUGAGAAGUUGAAAGAUGCUGAUGCUAAAAAAGCUAAGAUUUGGAUGGGGAAGAGAAAAGUGGGGGAAAGUGAUAGUGAUUACUCGGAUGAUGAUGCAAAAAGUGAUGAUGGUGAUGCAGAAAAUGAGAAAUCAGUUGUCACUGAGAACGGAAACCAGUCUGAUUCAAGCAAGGAUGCUAGCUCUGCUUCCGUUUCAGCUCUUCCAUCAGAUGGGGAUAAUCACAAUGGAGGCUCUUCUGAAAGUGGAUCUGAAGAAGAGAAGGAUAUGAUUGCUGAAGGUACGACCGAAUUUGCUGCUAAACCAAGUGGAUGCAAUGAGCAGAUGAAUGGGAGUGGUACGGAGGAAACGUCAUCCGGAGAAAAGAUGUCUGCUUCAGAAGAAGUGGUUUCUACUUCUGCUAAGACUGUGGUUGAACAAGAUCCUGUUGAACCUCAAUUGGGAUCCACAACUGUUACUGACCAGCUGCCUGGUACUAGCACUUUGAUAGAGCCGGAUGGUCUUGAACUUAAUGUUGCAUCUGAGUGCAAAGGAGUUUCUUCUGAUGAGGGAAAUAGUGGGGGCUUAAAUGCAGUAGAGGCGCCUCUGAACUUAGAUGAUUUUAACUCAGCUGCCGAAAUGGAGGUUCUUGGUUUGGAAAGGUUGAAAUCUGAGCUACUGACACGGGGAUUGAAAUGUGGAGGCACUUUGCAAGAGCGUGCUGCUAGGCUCUUUCUGCUGAAAACUACUCCUCUGGAGAAGAUUCCUAAGAAACUGCUGGCUAAGAAAUGAGAUUAGGCUGUUUCUGGCGAAUAAAGCUCUGACUGCCUUCUUUGUUCUCCAAUACUGCUACUGCUGUAAUAUAAUCAGUUUGUGUUUAUAAGUUUUCAUAUCAUAUACUCUGUAUUAAGCAUCCAAAGGCUCUACUUGCAUAGAGAGUCUCACUGUAGUUUCAUCUUGAUGUACUAACUGUAUACAAUGAUAACCCUUGGUAAAUCAAGGUGCUGAUGUUUGAGCUUCAUUAUAUAAACCGUGUCAGACUUCUAUCCGUUA